CCCCCCACACCCUUCUCUCUCUCUCUCCUUCUUGGUUUUCCCACCAUCCCUGAGACCCAAUUCCUUCCGCACCUCUCCGACUGUUUCAGUAAAGGUCUGUCGGAGAAUCCACUGUAGGCCUCUCUCGCCUCAGGUUCGAUCAUUAGGCUUCCAUCAAAUCAAACUCUGGAAAGCUGAACUUUUCGGGUUAAAGAUGGAGGAACUUUACCAAGUCGAAGUCUACCAGAGAGAUGCUACGGGGCUCAUCCAAACAUCCUCUCCAUCUUUAGCUGCGUCCGCUACGACAAGCAAAGUAUUAACAGUAGCAGCAGUAGCUGCACCUCCUGCUUUUUUCCAUGGAAAAGCACACUGUUGGGCGGAUCCUCUUUCCUUCACCACCACCCACCACCAUCCCCUGCACCUUGAAACCUCAUCCUCCUCAUCACCUCAAGAUGCAUUUCAAAGAAGAGCAGCUGCCUCUUCAAGUGACAUAGAUACCAUCAAGGCUAGCAUCAUUUCACACCCUCAGUACUCCAGCCUUCUCUCUGCCUACGUCAACUGCCAAAAGAUAGGAGCUCCACCAGCUGUGGCAGACCGGCUAUCAGCAACCGCUGGAGAGCUCGAGGCAAGGCAGCGAGCGGCGUUGAGCAGCAGCCAUCCCUUGACUGAUCCUGAUCUUGAUCGAUUCAUGGAAGCUUACUGCCAAGUGCUUGUGAAGUACAAGGAAGAGCUAACGAGGCCAGUGGAGGAGGCCAAGGAGUUCCUCAGAAGGGCCGAAUCCCAGCUCAACUCCAUCACCGACGGUUCCCUUCAUCUUCUUUCCUCUGCUUUCUCUUGUGAUGCAGAUGAGAACAGCGGAGGUUGUUCCUCGGCAGAGGAUCAAGAAGCAGGUGGAAGCAAGACUCGACUUCCUAAGAUCGACCAGUGCGGCGAGGAAGUAGAGUUAAAGAACUUCCUCCUGAAGAGGUACAGUGGGCACAUGAACAGCCUCAGGCAAGAGCUGUCCAAAAAGAAGAAGAAGAAAGGAAAGCUCCCCAAAGAAGCCAUCGAGAAGCUACUCAGCUGGUGGGAGCUGCACCACAAAUGGCCAUAUCCAUCAGAAUCGGAGAAGAGAGCGUUGGCAGAAUCGACAGGACUUGACCAGAAGCAGAUCAGUAACUGGUUCAUAAACCAGAGAAAGCGACACUGGAAGCCAGCCAAAGACGAGCAAUUCAUCAUGACGGAUGGCUACGAUCCAUCGAAUGCUGCUGCUCUUCAUGCGGAUGGAGGCUUCAUGAGUGACGGCCGAUGUCACGCAGGACAAUGAUGGACCCUGAUAUAGUCUUGGAACUGCUUGAUUCGUGGAAAACCAUACGCAGGCCGAUAUGGAUUAAUGGUUCUUCGGCCUGAUGAUGAAGGUUUAAUUGGGCUGGAUUUGAUUCAAAAUAUCAUAUUGGGCUCUAUCAUUUGACGAAAGCACAGCUAUCUGUAAUCAUCAGUCCAGUGUUUGGAAAGGAACCGAUAAAAGAAGUGCUUUAAAUACGAAGAAUACCAAAGAACUAUUACAACGACGACAUUUUACUUCCCAUGGUGGCAGAUCAUUGCUUCCCUAGGAAUAGUUUGACUGUCCUUAUAUGUCCCCAGGAGACGGUCAACGACAACCAUCAAAGAUCGUUGAAGUAAAUGUUUGGUGGUGAUCUGUUGAAUUUUAGGAGAUCGACGCGGAGUCAGAAAUUUCAGCAGACAUCGGCAACGACAACCAUCAUAAAUUGUUGAAGCUUUAGGUUGGUGGUGGUGGCGAUGGGUUGAAUAGUAGGAGAUCCAGACGAAGAAAGAGAGCUGGUAUCUGCAGAUAUGGCAGAACAAAAACGCUUCAGGUUGGUGGUGGUGGCGAUGGCAGAAUAAAUAAGCUUCGGUGAAUGAAUCCAAAUUGCUACACGGCAGGAGAAGCUCGACGACUGGCCGAAGCAGUGAAGUCAUGCAGCUUCCGUUUCCCUCUUGCUGGCGAGAAAUCUACUCAUACCGCGCGGUAGGAGUACGAAGGCUUCUUUUCCUUUGUGUACGUGCACAGGUUUCCUGCAGCCCAACUAUAGGUGUUGACGAUGGUUAUAUAUGCAUCGAAAGGCUAAUUAAGAAUCAGGGCUUGUUAUCAGACACAGAUGAAGAAGCAUCAUCAAGCUGACAGGUAGAGAGUUUGGUAAGACGGGCAUAGACAAGUAUGUAAGCUCUACGCAUUAGAGAUGUCAUCGGUUGUUUACCUAAACAAUAAAGCAUCCAUUGGAGCA